CGCGCAUAAUCGCGCGAUUUCUCUAUACGAUGAAUCUGCAUUGCUGCAGGGCCGUCAUUCGAUUUCAUUGAGGCAAAAUCUUCUCUCGCCCGUUGCAGCCUGAUCACCUGUACUCGCCAACUCACCUCUUGCGCACUCGCCGAGGAAACAGCUUCGAGCUAGCGACUUUCUUGGUCAGUCUUCUCCUGGGACUGGGCUACAACGCCUAUGUGGUCAGCGGCUAUGCGUCGCGCGAGCAGACGCUCUGCGAUCAGACGCGUCAGGUAUGCCCUUACCUGCCGCGAGCCGAGGAACCGGCUCCCGAGCCGCCGAAACUCGACACGUCCAAGUACAGGCCAAGAUCGCCGCCGGAUUUCAAGAGUAAAUUCCUGGAGGAGAUGGAAGACCGAGAGCGAAGACAGGCCGCGAAGGAGAUCGAGCUGGAGGAAGAUCGGCGUCAGCGGAUGAUCGUGGAGUUGGAGAGGCCCACCGCCGACCGUCAGUUCGGCCAGCGGAUCCAUGCCUGGGUGGCUCUUCUUCCCGGAGGCGUUGGCCCUCGCGGAGCCCAAGUCAGCGAGGCUCUGUUCAUUGAACCGGCCACCGGAGUGCCCCGGUCGCCGCGCGAGCUCGAGACCGCCAACGUUUACCUGGGCAUCGAGAGCCUCUGGAACAACCGCAACUACUGGGUGAACAUGCAGGACUGCACCGAGGCGUGCGCCAAGCUCGACUGGGACCUCAGGGACGUCAGACUCUGGGAACAUCUGCUGGCCGGCGAACCGAGGGAGAUGCGAAACGUCGACGACGACGAGGACCAGGAAGUCAACGUGCGCAGGCAAUAUCACAUGGUCAUGCCAGCUUCGUACGUGGACAAAGUACAAGUAGCCUAUGCAGAUUACGAGCAACGCUACCCGAAUGGCCGCAAGACCAUUCACUACAAGAAAUGCAGAGUCGAGCUUUUCGCCCCUUAUCUGCGUCCUGAUGGUUUGAUCGAAUCCGUUACCAAGUACGAGGACUACGAGUACAAGAUGCCGAUCUACGUGUACGAGAAAUUUCAAAAUCGCUGCGACAACCUCGAGAGAGCGGAGAAGGACCUGAAGAAAGAAAGCGCCACUGAUUAUUACGGCAAAGGUCGACCGGAUGCUUGCAAAGUUCAUCGGUAUUUUAUACAUGGCAAAGGCGUCGUUGACGAAGAAAGAACGCUGCAGUUUUAUGGUAGCAAAAGAUUCGACGAAUUGUCUUGCAUCAAAAUGCAUCCACUCUACGCUUCUCAGGAGUACAAGCGUCGCGACGACCGCCUGUACCAUCGCCGCGUCGAGUACUCAUCUUUUAACGAAGAUAAUGCUCAAAAUGACAUUCAUUACAGAAUGAUUUUGAAAAUAGAGGAAAAGUUCUUUAGAAAUGAAGCGGUUCCUGCCAGCAAAGACGUAGCUAUACGUGAAUUUGAUUGUGUGGAGAACGAAAUACGUCUAACGUAUCAUUAUAGUGAAGGUCAAUAUACACAGGCUACCAGAACUUUCAUCAAACCUCCCGUAACAGAAAGGGGAGAUCGCCUCGUUUUCUUACCAGAAAUGACUCACGGUUACGAUCCCGACCCGAUGGCUUCUCCCGAGGACUUUGAUGAUUUGAUCGACGAAUUGGAGAAACAGUUGAUCAAAGAAGACGCUUCAAUUGUAGAAGUACGAAAUGCUGAGUCUGAGUUAUUCGAUUUCCUGCAAAUCAGAGCGACUGAGUAUUCGGAGCCUAAAUUAAAGGUAUCGAUAUUCGACCCCAUCAGGAAUCAAGAAGCUCGAGCUGGAUUAAUCGACAUGGAGGAAAAGAUAAGGGCUCAAAGUCAACGCGAGAUUGAAAAAGACGUCGAUUUCCUGAGUCCGUAUUUGGCAAGACUCGGAGAUUUGAAAUAUCUGACUAAGAAGCAAGCUCUGCAAAUUAGGAACGAUUGUAUUGAGGACUUUAAACGAAAUGCCGCGGAAAGAGCGAAUGGAAUUCUGCGAGAAUUUGAGAAAUGCAGCGACGAGCUGGAAAAUCUCCAAUCUAUUUUGACUCGAACGGAAUCUCUGAGCAAGGAAGACAAAGAGCAGCUCCUGGAAAACGCCAAUGAAAUGAACCUCAAACUACGUGCUCUGGAGUUACGACUGAAUCGACACCGCGAGCUAGUUCCGCCUCGGUAUCGCAAUCUCCUCGAAGUUUUGCAGCAAAAUCGGCGAAUCUCCAUUCUCUAUGACGAGUAAAAACAAGACGGGGUCAGAAAUGCAGUGAAUAAUACAUUCGUACGUGUAAAAGGAUCGUCUAUUUAUUUCAUUGAACAAUGAAUGACGCUUGAUAGAUUUUUGUACAGAAUAUGAGUUUUUAUAAAAAUGUAGGUUUUGGCUCUAAUUUUUCGACAGUUAUUAUGUUAUGUGAUGUCAUGUGAGUUGAGGGACUCGCAGGAGCGAACGGCUACUGAAAGGACCACGAACCCAUUUGACCAAUGCAAUGGCCUAAAAAUAAUUUUAAACCAUUAAAGUAUAUAUAUAUACCGAGGCUUUCUGCGAUCUAGUCUUAACUCAGAAUAUGCAUUUCAUCCAUCAAGUUACCUUCGUCGUCGAACGUAGCAAGGGUGAAUUUACUAAGCUUAUUUGUGAAACUCCCAACGUUUGACAACAUUGAAUUAUCUUGUAAUCUGUUGUUAGCAUUUACAAUUUCAUCGGCUGCUUCGCUUUGUCUGCUUUCUUCGGCAAAACCAGAUAUCAGCGUGUCCAUCAUUAUUGCCUGAAAAUCACCAAAAAUUUUAAUUUUGCGAUAGUA